AUUCCAUGUAUAUAAUCUUUUCCCUCAGCAGUUGAACUCCAUUCGUCCGCCUGCUUUUACAAAGAGAAAAUAGCAGAGGCACCGCCGGUCGCUCGCUCCCCCCUCGUUUCGAGAAGCAGCAAGGAACGAAUUAAAUCAUGGCAUACGCGGCGAUGAAGCCUACAAAGCCAGGUUUGGAGGAACCCCAGGAGCAGGUUCACCGCAUCAGGAUAACACUCUCCUCUAAGAAUGUGAAGAAUCUCGAGAAAGUAUGCGCGGAUCUGGUCCGUGGUGCCAAGGACAAGCGGCUAAGGGUAAAAGGACCGGUGAGAAUGCCCACCAAAGUUCUUCACAUCACUACUAGGAAGUCUCCCUGUGGUGAAGGUACAAACACUUGGGAUAGAUUUGAGCUCCGUGUACACAAGCGGGUGAUUGACCUUGUUAGUUCCUCUGAAGUGGUGAAGCAAAUCACUUCCAUUACAAUUGAACCGGGUGUUGAGGUCGAGGUUACAAUUGCUGACCCAUGAUUGCGUUAUUGUCUUUUUUUUUAGCUCUUCCUUUUGUUUCCCAGGUUCUGCCCCAUAGUUGUAGAGAUUUUUUGCUUGUUUCCGACAGGAAGCUGUAAAUAGCUUCCAGUCUUUUAACAUAUUCAGAGGAAUUGAUCUUAUUUAAUCCUUUUUAUAUAUAUAUAUAUAUAUAUAUAUAUAUAUGACGGGUUGUGAUUGCAAUGAUAUAACUGAUAUAGUGAAAAAUUAAGAUGCUCUAACCAGCUUGAUUUUUA